CUCGUCCCUAUUGUCCUUGUGAAAACAACAAUCCUCUCCACCACUCGAAGCCAAAAAAAAAAAAAAAAAGCCAAAGGGGGCCAUCAAAGGAUGUGAAAAAGCAAAGAAAGUAAAAAAAAAAAAAAUGGGGUUUGCAGCAGCCAACGGCAAAGAAAGCAAAGGCAUGGGUUUACUCUUGGUGUUCUUCCAUGGCGACCAAAACAAAAUCACUAAUUCUUCCGUUGAUAACCAAACCACCACCACCACGACGCCACCGUCAACAAGAUUUGUUCGAAGAACAGCUUCUUCCAGUCUCCUUUUCUCUAAAGCUCAAUCCACUAUUUCCAUUUGCCUUGUUUUGGUUUUCCUCACGAUUCUUCUCUUCACUCUCUCUACUUUUGAACCUUCCAUUUCCACCCCAUCUUUUAUUCCUUCUCCCACCAUUAAAAACUCUCGUCGGUUCUUAUCUCAAAAGACCCAAUUUCCUCCUCCUCCUCCUUUGAAAUGGUUUUUCCCCAUGUGGGAUUAUAACAAACCACUUAAUGUUAAGCAAAACCCUGGGGUUUUGCCAUCUUCGUUUGCUUUACAAAGGAUGGGAACUUUGUACAGACGUGGGACGAAAGCCAUGCACGAUCUUAUCGUCAGCCAUGUUGUUGAAGAUGUGACCGAAGAUGAACUCAGGCUUUUCUUACGAGUCUUGCAUAGGUCUGGUAUUACUUCGAAAGCCGACAUUGUUUUUCUUUUUGGGUCUUCGUCUUCGAGAUUUAACCUUGUUAUUCAUGAAGAGAACGACUCGUUCUUCAAUCUUAUUCAACACUAUAAAGCUUCCAAUAACAAGGGUUCUCGUGACUCGGUCUUUAGUUUCGAGUCGGCCCAGUUUUGGAAAUCUGGGAAAAAAGAUGUUGGGGAGACUAUUUGGGGAAAGAAGGGUCGAGGGAAUUCCGGCGAUUCAACUGAAGCUGAAGGUGAGUCAACUCGGUUGACUUACGGCUCGGUAGUGGGAUUCGAUGUGAACGAGUUGGAUCCAGAGAACUCGCUGGCUGGGUUUUUAGAUCACGUUCCGAUGAGUUUUAGAAGAUGGGCUUGUUAUCCGAUGUUAUUAGGGAGAAUCAGGCGAAAUUUUAAGCAUAUAACGUUAGUGGAUAUUAAAAGUAUGAUGUUACUGAGUGACCCACUCGGCCGUGUCAGGAAUCGGAGUCCCGAAUCGGUUUAUUUGUUAACAAAGGAAAGCAGCACCGGUGGGAAGCACAGCAAGAGGAACUCGGAUAAAACUCAGUCCCAUUUGCAAGUCAACUCAGCGAUUCUGAUGGGUGGAGCUAGAGGGAUUCGGAGACUAGCCAAUGCAAUGUUGACGGAGAUCGUCAGAGCUACAAUGCAGCAUAAGAAGAAGAAGAACUCGAUAUCGGAGUCAGAAAUCUUAAGUCAACUCGUCGGGAACGGGUAUUUACUGAAGAAUGUGGAUUUGAUCACAUCGACGGAGUCAAUUCAGGAAGCGAGUUCACUCAUGAGUUCGAGCUCCAACUCCAACUCAACUGCAGAAUAUUCAAUAAUCCAACGCGGUAAUGGCAGUCAUGAUCUUAGUUCCAUAAUUAUGAAGCUAAUAUGUUUAUGUGAAACAAAUUCUUAUGUUUAUAGGGAUUGUUAGUAAAGGAAAAAAAUUUAAUUAGUGUUUAGAAAAUAAAAAAGGAAUUAUAAUUUUGUUAUUUUUAUAGUAAAAUUUUGAUUUUGAUGUAUAAAUCUUUUUAGAUUAUAGGGAUUUCUUAGCCAAAGAACAAAUAAACAAGUUUUCUCUUUCUC